AUGUCGCAGUUCCCGGGGAAAACACAAAGGCAGAUCAGCGACAAGCGUCGUCUGCUCGGCCUGAUUGAACCGGCGAACGGGCCAGCGUCUCGAACGAGCGACAGAGCAGUACCCCGCUCACUUGGGAAUCAGACAAUAAAGCUGCAAAAAGAAUCGCCAAUAAAUAAGAUCUUGAAGCCUCAGGUGAAAGUACAGAAAUCGUAUGACGACGAAGAGAAGAGAUGGAGGCAGUGUAUGAUAGCUUCGGCGACCAGAACACUUGCCAAACACCAUGACGAGAUGGCGAAGGACGCUAAAAUACAGCCUUUGGCAGUCAGGUUAACUGCAAUUGCGGGGAGCUUUCGAUCUGCUGAAGAUGUCAUAAGCGUAUCUGACCCACUCGUAAAACAACUCGAAAACGUCGUCAACGAACUCACCGUCGAGUUAGCGGGAGGCAAACCCAAUCUGCCCCGAAACGGCCAGAGAGGUAAGGCCGCAAACGCUAACCACAGAGCUAGGGGAAGUAGAGACAAAAGACGCCAACACGAGUAUGCUACGGUACAACAACUCUGGGAGAAAGAACCGAAACAACUAGCUACGCUAGUAGUGGAGGAUCGGCUCUCAGAUAUCGAACAACGCCGCCAACCUGAACUACCUCCGGGUGAUCAGGUAAGAGACCUAUAUAACGGACUCUGGGGCGUUGAAGAAACCACAUUCUUCCCACCUGAUUGGGAAGAGACCGUAGCUACAAGGGUGGGCGUCGUCGAUAUUAACCCGAUACAGCUCGGAACGGUAGAAAAAAGAUACCGACGCCUGAAAACGCACACUGCUGCGGGGCCAGACAAAGUGGCUAAGAAGGACAUACGCCGAACAGCGCGCAUUCUUCUGACUGCGAUCUUUAAUAUCUGCUUGGGGAUUGGGUUUUACCCCGAAUCCUGGAAACGUAACAGAACAACGCUGAUCCCAAAAGAUGGCAAGGAUCUGACAGUGGCAGCCAGCUGGCGGCCGAUUACUGUCAGCUCAAUCCUAGCCAGACUGUUCUCGGGGGUGAUCGAUGAAUCUCUUAGGGGAAACAUCGAGCUAAGCCGAGCACAAAAAGGAUUCACGCAUGACGAGGGAGCGGCUCAGAACGUCUCCCUCUUUCGCCAAACGUUGAAAGCGAUGAAGGAGGAACAAGGUGGAACUUGUUCCAUACUUGACAUUUCCAAAGCCUUCGACACAGUGCCACAUGGUGCAUUAGUACCGGCGCUCAGAAGGCUUGGAGUGGCCCCUUAUAUCGCUGAAUACGUCGAUUACGUAUACCAGGAUUGUCAGACGGUCUUACCAUCUACGACCGAAGAAAUAAAGAUCAGUCUGAAGAGAGGCGUGAAGCAAGGCGAUCCUCUUAGCCCACUUCUUGGAACGCAGUCGUCGACCCAUUAUUGA